AUGCUGAGCAGCGGGAGUCGGGGACUCCUCCACCUGGGACUGUGUCUCCGCUUGUGUGCACCUUUCUUUAAAGGCUGUGUGGGCUGCGCGUCCGAGGAGAGACUGUUCCACAAACUGUUCUCUCAGUACAACCAGUUCAUCAGGCCCGUGGAAAACGUUUCUGACCCCGUGACGGUGUAUUUCGAAGUGGCCAUCACACAGCUGGCCAACGUGGAUGAAGUAAACCAGAUCAUGGAAACCAACCUGUGGCUGCGUCACAUCUGGAAUGAUUAUAGAUUGCGCUGGGAUCCAACAGAAUACGAUGGUAUUGAGACUCUUCGUGUACCAGCGGAUAAGAUCUGGAAGCCUGACAUUGUUCUAUACAACAAUGCUGUGGGUGACUUCCAAGUCGAAGGCAAGACCAAAGCUCUCCUUCAAUACAACGGCAACAUCACCUGGACGCCACCCGCCAUUUUUAAGAGUUCCUGUCCGAUGGAUAUCACCUUUUUCCCUUUUGAUCAUCAAAACUGUUCCCUAAAGUUCGGUUCCUGGACAUAUGACAAAGCUGAAAUUGAUCUUCUGAUCAUUGGAUCGAAAGUGGACAUGAACGAUUUUUGGGAAAACAGUGAAUGGGAGAUCGUUGACGCUUCCGGCUACAAGCACGACAUCAAGUACAACUGCUGUGAAGAGAUAUACACAGAUAUCACCUACUCUUUUUACAUCAGAAGAUUGCCCAUGUUUUACACCAUUAAUCUGAUCAUCCCCUGUCUGUUCAUUUCAUUUCUGACCGUGCUGGUCUUCUACCUGCCUUCAGACUGUGGUGAGAAAGUGACGCUUUGCAUUUCGGUUCUGCUCUCUCUGACGGUGUUUUUGUUGGUCAUCACAGAAACCAUCCCCUCCACCUCUCUGGUGAUCCCACUGGUGGGCGAGUACCUGCUGUUCACCAUGAUCUUUGUCACCCUGUCCAUCGCGGUCACUGUGUUUGUGCUCAACAUACACUACCGCACCCCAGCCACACACACCAUGCCCAAGUGGGUGAAGACAGUUUUCCUCCAGCUGCUCCCACGGCUCCUAGUGAUGAGCAGACCUCUGACCAAGAGCAGGGACACAGCUUCUGAUCAGAACCCCAAAGGCGUUGCCAGCAGGUCUGCCACAGUCAAGUUUGCUAAUCGUGUGGAACCCGAGGUUCUUAAGGAAUGCCGCCACUGUCACAAACCUAGUGAGCCUGCCCCCAGCAAGAAAAGGUUAAGUCACCAGCCUGUACAGUGGGCGGCCGAAGAUGCAGAGCACUCGCCCGAGGUGGAAGAUGUCAUCAGCAGUGUUCAGUUCAUAGCAGAAAACAUGAAGAGCCACAAUGAAACCAAGGAGGUAGAAGAUGACUGGAAAUAUGUGGCCAUGGUGGUGGACAGAGUGUUUCUUUGGGUGUUUGUCAUUGUCUGCGUGUUCGGAACAGCAGGGCUAUUUCUACAGCCACUACUUGGGAACACAGGAAAACCAUAA